AACUAUAUUACUAUUUCACACGUUUUUGUUUUCCUAAAGAAUUUGUAAAUUGUGACAUUCAUAAAACCUUGAUUUGAGUUUAUAUAAAUAAUGGCAAAUGUUUGCUUAAUUGUAAUAGAUGGUUGGGGUUUAAGAAAUGAUACUAAGGGAAAUGCUAUAUCAAAAGCCAGUACCUCUAAUAUGGACUCUUUAAGUAAAAGAGAAGGGCAGAGUAUCAAAUUAUGUGCACAUGGAUUAGGUGUUGGUUUGCCUAAAGAUCUGAUGGGAAAUAGUGAAGUUGGUCAUUUGAAUAUAGGAGCCGGCAGAGUGAUAUAUCAAGAUAUAGUCAGAAUCAAUAUGUCUAUAGAAGAUAAAAGUCUAUUUAGCAAUAAAAAAUUUGUUGAAAUGUGCAACCAAUCCAAAAAUGGCACUAAUAGAUUACAUUUUAUAGGACUGGUGAGUGAUGGUGGUGUGCAUUCUCACAUUGAUCAUUUAUUUGCAUUACUUGAAGGAGCUAAAACUCAAGGGAUUAAAAAUACUUUUGUUCAUGCUAUUACAGAUGGCAGAGAUACUCUACCUUGUAGUGGAAGUAGUUACCUUAAACAACUUGAAGAUUACUUGUCGAAAAAAUUAAAACAUGGCAAGUUGGCCACAGUUGUUGGAAGAUUUUAUGCAAUGGAUAGGGAUAAAAGAUGGGAGCGCAUAAAAGUUGCAUAUGAAGCACUCAUACAGGGGAUUGGUGUCAAAAUUCAACUUACAGACUUGUUCAAUAUUAUGGAAGCAAAAUACAACGGUCAGGGUGAAGAAAAACAAACCGAUGAAUUUUUAAAGCCAAUCAUAAUUGAAGAUGGUAUCGAUAAUAGAAUCAAAGAUGGUGAUACAGUUUUCUUCUUUAACUACAGAGCCGACAGGAUGAGAGAAAUUGUUGAAUGUAUUGGGCUUAAACCUCAAUUCGAUACCAACGUCAUACCAAAGAACCUAGUAGUAUAUAGUAUGACCGAAUACAAGAAAGAUUUCAAACUACCCGUCUUAUUUUCCCCCGUUUUCAAUAAAAACGUUUUAGCUGAAUGGUUAGCUUCAAAGAAUAUACCCCAGUUUCAUUGUGCUGAAACCGAGAAAUACGCCCAUGUUACCUUUUUUUUCAAUGGAGGAAGGGAAGAACAAUUUAAUCUAGAAGAACGUAAAAUGAUUCCAUCUCCUAAAGUUAAAACCUAUGACUUAAAACCAGAAAUGAGCUGUAUGGAAGUCGCUAUGGCGGUAUCUGAAGCUUUAAAAUGUGGUAAAUACGCAUUUGUUAUGUGCAAUUUUGCUCCACCAGAUAUGGUAGGUCAUACUGGGUCAUUUGAUGCUGCUGUUGAAGCUUGUCAAUUUACUGACAAAGCGAUUGGCAUCGUGGAAGAGGCUUGUAAGCAAUACAAUUUUACGAUGAUGGUCACUGCUGAUCACGGUAAUGCCGAAGAAAUGAUAGCACCAGACGGCGGCCCUUUCACCCAACAUACAUGCAACCCUGUUCCACUGCUAUUAACGGGUUUCCGAAAAUUUGACCCCAAAUUUGUGAGUCCAGAAAAAUCAGAUAUUUCUAGCAUAAAAGAUAUAAAAACAGUUCCUGCCUUGUGUGAUGUUGCACCAACUAUAUUAGAUCUCAUGGGCUUAGAUCAACCAGAGGAAAUGACUGGCCAUUCGUUACUUCUCCCCAAUAUUAAAUACGGUUAAAAAGAUAUUUAGAUUUCCAUAUGCGCAGGUAGCCUUGUAAUUUAUAAAAUUAUUGUACAAAAUCAGUUUGAACACUCAAUUAUUUGCGUUUUCUUUAAAAAGAAAACCUUUAUAUUAUUUUGUCUGUUAUAAAUGGUGAAUUGUGAUUUUCAUUAUAUUCUCAUUAACUUAAAUAUCACUUAUAUAAUUUUUUAAAAUUU